AUGUCGGCGGGCGGCCGCGACGAGGAGCGGCGGAAGCUGGCCGACAUCAUCCAGCACUGGAACGCCAACCGGCUGGACCUGUUCGAGAUCAGCCAGCCCACCGAGGAUUUGGAGUUCCACGGAGUGAUGAGAUUUUAUUUUCAAGAUAAAGCCGCCGGGAACUUCGCCACGAAAUGCAUCCGGGUGUCCAGCACCGCCACCACCCAGGACGUGCUGGAGACGCUGGCCGAGAAGUUCCGCCCCGACAUGCGGAUGCUGUCGUCACCCAAGUACUCACUCUACGAGGUGCACGUCAGCGGAGAAGAAAGAAGAUUGGAUAUAGAUGAGAAACCCCUGGUGGUGCAGCUGAACUGGAAUAAAGAUGACCGAGAGGGGCGGUUUGUCCUUAAGAACGAGAACGAUGCCAUUCCUGCAAAGAAGGCUCAAAGUAACGGACCUGAAAAGCAGGAAAAAGAAGGUGUUAUCCAGAACUUCAAGAGAACUCUCUCAAAGAAGGAAAAGAAGGAAAAAAAGAAGAGAGAAAAAGAGGCAGUGAGACAGGCGUCUGAUAAAGAUGAUAGACCUUUCCCUGGGGAUGACAUCGAGAAUUCUCGCCUCGCCGCCGAGGUCUACAAAGACAUGCCUGAGACCAGCUUUACGCGAACCAUCUCCAACCCCGAGGUGGUCAUGAAGCGGCGGCGGCAGCAGAAGCUGGAGAGGAGGAUGCAGGAGUUCCGGAGCUCGGACGGGCGGCCAGACUCGGGUGGAACAUUGAGAAUUUACGCAGAUAGUUUAAAACCAAAUAUUCCCUACAAGACGAUCCUGCUGUCCACUACAGACCCUGCGGACUUCGCCGUGGCAGAAGCCUUGGAGAAGUAUGGCCUGGAGAAGGAGAACCCCAGGGACUACUGCAUCGCCCGUGUCAUGCUUCCUCCUGGAGCCCAGCAUUCUGAUGAAAAAGGUGCUAAAGAAGUUAUCCUUGAUGAUGAUGAGUGUCCUUUACAGAUCUUCAGGGAAUGGCCAAGUGACAGAGGGAUUUUAGUCUUUCAGUUGAAGAGGAGGCCGCCAGACCACAUCCCAAAGAAAAGUAAGAAGCACGCGGACGGGAAGCCCCUGCAGGGGAAGGAGAAAGCCGAUGGGUCGGCCUAUGGCUCCACGCUGCCCCCCGAGAAGCUGCCCUACCUCGUGGAGCUGAGCCCGGGGAGAAGGAACCACUUUGCCUGCUACAGCUAUCACACUCCUGAAGAUGGCUCUGACUCCAGAGACAAGCCGAAGCUGUACCGCCUUCAGCUCAGCGUCACCGAGGUGGGGACCGAGAAGCUCGACGACAGCUCCAUCCAGUUGUUUGGUUCAGGCAUUCAGCCCCAUCACUGUGACCUCACAAACAUGGACGGGGUGGUCACGGUCACACCAAGAAGCAUGGAUGCUGAGACCUAUGUGGAUGGGCAGCGCAUCUCGGAGACCACGAUGCUGCAGAGCGGGAUGAAGGUGCAGUUUGGGGCCUCCCACGUGUUUAAGUUCGUGGACCCCAGCCAGGACCACACGCUCCCCAAGAGAUCCGUGGACGGGGGCCUGACUGUGAAGGGCCCCAGACAUAAGUCUGGAAUUGUUCAGGAGACGACUUUCGAUUUAGGAGGAGACGUUCACAGUGGAACGGCCUUACCAGCGAGCAGGAGCGCCGCCAGGCUGGACAGCGACAGGACGCCGUCCGCCUCCAGCACUGCCGAGCGAGGGAUGGUGAAGCCCAUGGUCCGCGUGGAGCAGCAGCUGGACUACCGCCGGCAGGACAGCAGAACUCAGGAUGCUCCCGGGCCUGACCUGAUUCUGCCUGCAAGCAUUGAAUUCAGGGAAAGUUCUGAAGAUUCAUUUUUAUCUGCCAUUAUAAAUUACACUAAUAGCUCUACAGUCCAUUUUAAGUUGUCACCUACAUACGUAUUAUACAUGGCGUGUCGGUAUGUAUUGUCCAGCCAGUACAGACCUGACGUCAGCCCCGCAGAACGCACGCACAAAGUCAUGGCAAUCGUCAACAAGAUGGUGAGCAUGAUGGAAGGGGUGAUCCAGGAAGUAGACCAGGUUGACCAGAAACAGAAGAACAUUGCAGGGGCCCUUGCCUUCUGGAUGGCCAACGCGUCCGAGCUGCUCAACUUCAUCAAGCAGGACCGAGACCUCAGUCGGAUCACACUGGACGCACAGGACGUCCUGGCGCACUUGGUGCAGAUGGCCUUUAAGUACCUGGUUCACUGUCUUCAGUCAGAGCUGAAUAAUUACAUGCCCGCCUUUCUGGACGACCCUGAAGAGGACAGUCUGCAGAGACCAAAAAUAGACGACGUGCUGCACACACUCACGGGCGCCAUGUCCCUGCUGCGUCGCUGCCGGGUCAACGCCGCUCUGACCAUCCAGCUCUUCUCCCAGCUGUUCCACUUCAUCAACAUGUGGCUGUUCAACCGCCUGGUGACUGACCCCGAGUCGGGUCUCUGCUCCCACUACUGGGGCGCCAUCCUCCGCCAGCAGCUCGGGCACGUGGAGGCCUGGGCCGAGAAGCAGGGCCUGGAGCUGGCGGCUGACUGCCACCUGAGCCGGAUCGUGCAGGCAACCACUUUGCUUACGAUGGAUAAGUACGCACCUGAUGACAUUCCAAAUAUAAACAGCACCUGCUUCAAGUUGAAUUCCCUGCAGCUCCAAGCCUUAUUGCAGAAUUACCACUGUGCCCCCGACGAGCCCUUUGUCCCUGCGGACCUGAUCGAGAACGUGGUGGCCGUGGCCGAGAACACGGCGGACGAGCUGGCGCGCAGCGACGGCCGGGAGGUCCGGCUGGAGGAGGACCCCGACCUGCAGCUGCCCUUCCUCCUGCCCGAGGACGGCUACUCCUGCGACGUCGUCAGGAACGUCCCUAGCGGCCUGCAGGAGUUCCUGGACCCUCUCUGCCAGAGAGGGUUCUGCAGGUUAAUUCCUCACCCACGCUCCCCCGGCACCUGGACGAUAUAUUUUGAAGGUGCAGAUUACGAGAGUCACCUUCUGCGGGAGAACACAGAACUGGCAAGUAUCGCGCAGCCUCUGCGUAAAGAACCUGAAAUCAUCACUGUGACCCUCAAAAAGCAGAACGGAAUGGGCCUUAGCAUUGUCGCCGCGAAGGGCGCUGGUCAAGACAAACUUGGGAUUUAUGUCAAGUCCGUUGUGAAAGGAGGCGCUGCAGACGUGGACGGGCGGCUCGCUGCGGGUGACCAGCUACUCAGCGUGGACGGACGGAGUCUGGUGGGACUCUCUCAAGAAAGGGCAGCAGAACUGAUGACAAGGACAAGCUCCGUGGUGACGCUCGAAGUGGCAAAGCAAGGAGCCAUUUACCACGGCCUCGCCACCCUGCUCAACCAGCCUUCCCCUAUGAUGCAGAGAAUUUCAGACCGCCGUGGGUCAGGUAAACCCCGACCAAAGAGCGAAGGCUUUGAGCUGUACAACAGCUCGGCUCAGAACGGGUCCCCAGAGAGCCCGCAGACGCCCUGGGCCGAAUACAGCGAGCCCAAGAAGCUGCCGGGCGACGACCGGCUGAUGAAGCACCGGGCGGACCACCGCUCCAGCCCCAAUGUCGCAAAUCAGCCUCCCAGUCCUGGCGGGAAGAGCGUGUAUGCCCCGGGAACAGCAGCCAAGAUCACGUCUGUCUCCACGGGGAACCUCUGUGCUGAGGAGCAGACGCCUCCGCCCCGCCCCGAAGCCUACCCCAUCCCCACCCAGACGUCCACCAGGGAGUACUUCACCUUCCCGGCCUCCAAGUCCCAGGACCGCGUGGCACCCCCGCAGAGCCAGUGGCUGGGUUUCGAGGAGAAGCCCCACGUGCUGGCAGACGGGAACCACUCCAGCGCCGCCGUGCAGCGUGUGACCCGCUCCCAGGAGGAGCUCCGUGAAGACGCCUACCACCCCGAGCGGCAGCGGGCAGAGGCGGCCGCGGAGCACAGGUUGGACGGCAGCGACGCCUGGCCAACCCAGGGCUCGUCGCUGGGCUCCAGCGCGUCCAGCCAGGAGCACCUGGGGCCCCCCUCUAAGACGGGCACCCCUGCCUCCACACUCACCAAGAGCGGCCCCGGGCGCUGGAAGACCCCGGCCGCCUCCCCACCCGUGCGGACCGACCCGGCCCUGCCGCCGCCACCGCCCGCCGGGUCCUAUGCCGGGGAGGUGGACGCAGACUCGCCCCCACCACCUGCCGCUGCCGCCGCCCAGGCACAGGCAGCCGCCGAGCGGAAGAAGCGGGAGGAGCAGCAGCGCUGGUACGAGAAGGAGAAGGCGCGCCUGGACGAAGAGCGCGAGCGCCGGCGCAGGGAGCAGGAGCGCCGGCUAGGCCAGCUGCGCGCGCCCGCACCGCCCCCUGCUCCCGCCCGCACGCCGGACACCGUGAUCCGCGAGCUGCAGCCGCAGCAGCAGCCGCGCACCAUCGAGCGCAGGGACCUGCAGUAUAUCACGGUCAGCAGGGAGGAGCUGGCCUCCGGGGACAGCCUGUCCCCCGACCCCUGGAAGCGCGACGCGCGCGAGAAGCUGGAGAAGCAGCAGCAGCUGCACAUCGUGGACCUGCUGAGCCGCGAGAUCCAGGAGCUGCAGGGCAAGGCUGAGCGCUCGGCCGAGGAGAGCGACCGGCUGCGCAAGCUGCUGCUGGAGUGGCAGUUCCAGAAGCGGCUGCAGGAGUCCAAGCAGAAGGACGAGGACGACGAGGAGGAGGAGGACGACGACGUGGACACCGUGCUGCUCAUGCAGCGCCUGGAGGCCGAGCGCAGAGCGCGGCAGACUGCUAUGCCAGCAAUCUCUGUUCUAGAUUUGUUGCAGGAUGAGGAGCGGCGGCGGCAGCAGCAGCUGGAGGAGAUGCGGGCGCGGGAGGCGGAGGAGCGCGCGCGGCAGGAGGAGCAGCGGCGCCGGCAGGAGGACGAGAGGGCCAGGCGCGAGGCCGAAGACAAGAGGCGGCAGGAGGACGGUUACUACAGCCGCCUGGAGGCUGAGCGCCGCCGCCAGCACGAGGAGGCCGAGCGCCGGCUGCUGGAGCCCGAGGAGCCGGGCCUGGGCCGCCCGCCUCUCCCGCGUGGGUACGAGCCCGCUGGCCCGCCGCCGCCACCGCAGCGCACCGCCUCCUACCUGCAGACGCAGGCCCUCUCCCCGGAUGCCCUCUACACCGCCAAGUUCGUGGCCUACAACGAAGAGGAGGACGAGGACGAGGAGUCGGCAGGUCAGGACAGGCCCUCUGGGCGGAGGGCGCGCCCAGCCUCCGACGGCAUCUUCCUCUCCGGCCCAUUCCGGCCGCCCCCGCCCCCUCCCUCCAAACCUGGCCCUGCCCGACCCAGCCACUCCAGAGGUCGAGCAAACUCUUACGUGGGAUCUGCUGGAGCAGUUUUUGGAGCCCAUGAUGUUCAUCGGGAUCCGAGAGAGAAACCGUCCAAGAGCCACGAAGCAGACGUCCCUGGGGGGCCCGGAGCCCCUGAAAACCUGACAUUCAGGGAGCGCCAGCGCCUUUUCUCCCAAGGCCACGACGUCUCCAAUAAAGUCAAGGCCUCUCGCAAGCUAACAGAGCUGGAGAACGAGCUGAACACGAAGUGA